AUGUCGAUUACUCUAAACGACAAUAUUGAUUAUGAUGAGGAGCCCAGAGAAUAUAUGGACUCCCCGGAAUUCGAGCGUCUGAAAGAAGAUAUAGUGGGACAAUUAUUUGAAACAAAUGGCCAAAUAAGCACAGUGGAGCAAUUCAUAACAAGCCUAGAAAAACUUUUAAAAAAGGGCAAUGUGAGUGCCAAGGUGGUGGAUAAUAUAGAUAAGAAAUCGGUUGCUAAAAUUAGAAAAGUGGGGCAUUUGAUUAUAAGCAUGAAUGAGUUGGUACAUAAAAUCAACGGCAUUGAGGAGUCCAAUCUAGAUAGAACGCAAAUCAUUGCCAGAGAAAAAAUAGUGAGGGAUGUUCAAUAUUCUGUUCAGGAGUUUCAAAAGACACAAAAAAAAUAUGCCUCCGUUAUCAGAAAGAUAAAUACGGAAGCCAGGGCCGUGUUGGACGAAGCAGAGCAGAAUAGAAGCGCUCUUCAACAGGAAGAGGACGCUGCAGAAGGAAAUGUCACAAAGGUUCAAAGUCAGAGGACACAGUCAGUUCAAUAUUCUAUUCACAGAGAGCCCUUAAACAAUGAGGAAUUUGCAUAUCAGGCCAAUUUAAUACGACAGCGAGACGAAGAAAUAUCAAAUAUAGAAGAGGGGAUUACAGAAUUGAACGAGAUAUUCAAAGAUUUAGGCUCUGUGGUACAACAGCAGGGAAUGCUUGUUGAUAACAUUGAGGCUAACAUUUACACUGCCGCAGACAAUACAGCUAUGGCAUCUCGAGAACUGAAUAAAGCUCUAAGAUCACAGAAGAGUGCCAAUAAGUGGUGCGUUCAACUCCUUGCGACGUUGUCAUUCAUGCUAUUGAUGCUCAUUUUAAUAGUUUUUAUUUAG